AUGGAGCAUCGAAGACAACCAUCAUCAGGAUCGGGAUCAGCAACUAGUAAUACUACAACAUCAACACCGACAAACCCUUCUACAUCGACGACAUCUACCUCUGCAGCUACACAGAUUCACCAACAACUACAUCUCUUUGAAAUAGCAACAUGGGAGAGAAAGAGUAAGAUAUCAAUAGAACAAUCUCUAGCUGUAAAUAAUCUAUCAAAGGCUGUUCUAGAUAAACCUUUACCUCUAAAAUUUCAAAAUGAUAUACAAUACAAGACCAAGAAUGAUGAAUCAAAACAAGAUCAAGCUAUCUUGGAAACUACUACUACAAAACAAAAUAAUGGUGAUGUUAACAAGAUAAAUGGACAAGUACUUGAAGAUAGUGGUGAUGGAUUCAACUUACCAUCUAAACCUAUAGAUAGUCUUGGUCACUUUUUCGAUUGGUUUGCAUUGAUUGAAAAGACAUCGAAUCAUCUUCACCAAUAUGAAUGGUUUCUUGAAACGAUCAUUAGUUAUGGUGAAGGAUCAAACCAUCUAUUGGAACAAGUCAAUGGAUGUGAAAAACUAGUCAAUAGCAUUCAAAGUGACUAUAUCAAUCUAACUAAAAAGACGAACCAACUUCAUGAAUCAUGUGAAAAGUUCUUCAAGGAAGAGUUACGACUAAGAUACAUUGUACAAACUAUACACGAGAAAUUAAAGUAUUAUCUAGAGUUGGAACAAAACACAAAAAAGUUUAACAGUUCUGCAUUUUCAGUCACUGAUACUACCUUUUUAUCAUCAUUGGAAACUCUUGAAGAUUGUAUAUUAUUCAUGAAGAAAAAUCCAAACUAUUUAGAAUCAUCAAAAUAUUCUUUACAAUAUAAUUUAUUAUUUACACGUGCUUUGGGAUUGAUUAAAGAUUAUAUAUCAACUUGUUUAAAGACUGUUACUGCUGGUAUUGUAACAUCGGCAAAGACAGCAACACCUCAAACACAAGACCUGGACAAUGAUGCUUCAUUUGCCAAAAUUAAAUUCAGAGCAUUUGCACCAAAACUCAAACCACUAUGUCAAGAAUUGGAAAAGAGAGCUGUCGGACAGUAUUCAGUAUUUCUAUCAGAUACACAUAGAAUCAGUGUCUAUCACAAGUUAUAA